AUGCCGGAUGAGCGUAUUCUUCUAAUCACUGGAAUUCCCUCGAAGCUGUGUCGCGGUGAGGAGCUCUACAAGGUCUUUGGGAGCUAUGGCGCCAUUCAGCAGCUGCGUCUGGGCGAUGAUGUCUCCACGAAGGGGUGUGCCAUUGUCGUGUACGAGCUUUGCGAGGCGGCGGCCGCCGCCCUUGAGGCCUUGAAUGACUUCAAGGUGGAUAAAGACAGGUACCUUAGGGUGUCUGUGUACGACGAGGUACGGGACCGCAAAGCACUGGAACGACGCAAGCGGCGACGAGAGAUGAAGGCCGAGUAUAAGCGCAAUAUUGCAGAUGAACUUGGCUGA